AUGUUGAUUUAUCAUGAUCCCCCUCCGUCGUAUCAGGUCGAUCAUCAUGUUUGGAAUUCCGAAAGAUGGGGAUCCGAAGAUUGGAAAGCAGCUCCGAAAUCAACUACGCGACAGCUGAGCAUCUGGGAGCAAAACAAUGCCAUCGUGUUUGAUGUACCAGAACUCAGUGUGUACAUCGUUGAUCGUUCUGCUUUGACUUCAAACCAUACACGCGUUGCGCUCGCCCCUCUCCGUUCCAAAAGCAAAGAUGUGAUCUACUUCGGAAAUUCAAAGACAAACGUACUCAAGCGUAGUCUCAAACAAGGCUUCAAGAGCGGCUUCAAGAGAGGUGCUAAGCAUGGCUUCAAGACGGAUUUCAUGACUACCCUCAAGAAGAAUCUCAAGCGCAACAAAGAGACCGAUUCGGUUGAUCACUACUAUUUAGCAAGUUAUUUUAUCGAUUUCCUCGACGUACGGGAGGAAAGAUUGAGGGGAGAAAUCAUGGAGGCUUGGGCUCUAGAUGGUAUGAAUCCCAGCCCAGUCGAUCGGAUCAGUAGGUCAAAGUUUUGGGCUGCAAAGUAUAUGGUAAAGAUGCGCGUUAUUAAGGGCGCAUCCUGCGAUUUUAGACCUUAA